UUCAGCUGGUUGGAAGGGAGAGAGGAUCAGAGAGGAACUCUAGGAGGGAAGACAAGGAGAGAGGAUCAGAGAGGAACUCUAGGAGGGAAGACAAGGAGAGAGGAUCAGAGAGGAACUCUAGGAGGGAAGACAAGGAGAGAGGAUCAGAGAGGAACUCUAGGAGGGAAGACAAGGAGAGAGGAUCAGAGAGGAACUCUAGGAGGGAAGACAAGGAGAGAGGAUCAGAGAGGAACUCUAGGAGGGAAGACAAGGAGAGAGGAUCAGAGAGGAACUCUAGGAGGGAAGACAAGGAGAGAGGAUCAGAGAGGAACUCUAGGAGGGAAGACAGAGAGAGAGGAUCAGAGAGGAACUCUAGGAGGGAAGACAAGGAGAGAGGAUCAGAGAGGAACUCUAGGAGGGAAGACUGGGAGAAGCCUUGACUGACUGAAGAGGGAAGACAGCAGUGUGUUGGUGUGGAACGGUCUUGUUGUGGCCAGCGGUGGGCUGAUCUGGUGUUUCCUGUCCAUUCAAGGGCAUUCCAUCUGCUGAGACCUGGACAGGAGAGAGACAGCGGAGAGGAGCAACCAGCCACAUAGGCCUCACUGGGUUGGAGAGAGAGAGAGGGACAGGGGAGGAGGGAGAGACGCAGAAGGAAGGAGGCUACGAGGGGAGCCACAUGGUCUCAGUCCCACAGGGAGCUGGGGACAGUAGACUGACAAGUAGUCUGCUACUACCAUGGGGGACUGGAACCUGUUCGGGAAGUUGCUGGAGAAAGCCCAGGAACACAGCACCGUAGUGGGAAAGGUCUGGCUCACGGUCCUCUUCAUCUUUAGGAUCCUGGUCCUAAGCGCCGCAGCAGAGAAGGUGUGGGGGGACGAGCAGUCAGGGUUCACCUGCGACACCAAGCAACCUGGAUGUGAGAACGUCUGUUAUGACAUCACCUUCCCCAUCUCUCACGUCCGCUUCUGGGUCCUACAGAUCAUAUUCGUCUCCACGCCCACCCUCAUUUACCUGGGUCAUAUAUUACACCUGGUGAGGAUGGAGGAGAAACAGAAGCAGAGAGAGAAGGACGCAGAUCGGGCCGGGGACAAACCACCCUUGCUGGAGACCAAAGCCUGUAAAGUCCAGGUGAGGGACGACAGUGGUAGGGUUCGACUGAAGGGGGAACUACUGAGGACCUACGUGUUCAACGUCAUCUUCAAGACGCUGUUCGAGGUGGGCUUCAUCGUCAUGCAGUACCUGCUAUAUGGCUUCCAGCUGCAGCCCAUGUACACCUGUGACCGCUCGCCCUGCCCCAACACAGUCAACUGCUACAUCUCCCGACCCACAGAGAAAACCAUCUUCAUCAUCUUCAUGCUAGUAGUGGCAGGUUUGUCUCUGUUCCUCAACCUGAUAGAGAUGUACCACCUGGGAUCCACUAAGUGUCGCCAGGGGAUCAAGUACCACCGGGAGGAUCUGAGCUCAGACUCUGUCUCCAAGGAGCCCAGCGAGGUGGACGAAGCUGUACCCUACGCUCCCAGCUACGACCACUACCACGGAGGCCAGCCAGCCUACCCCCAACUCCAACCAGACCAGCAGAUCCAGCCAGCAUAUCCUCCUGUCCCCAGCUAUAACAUGUCCCCGUUAUCUGAGGAGACUGACUCCACCUACCAGCCCUACCACAAUAAGGCAGCCUACAAGCAGAACAAGGACAACCUGGCGGUGGAGAGGAGUGGCAGCAGGCAGCCGGAAGAGGAGGGGGACUUGAAAGGGAAGAUGGGUGGAGGAGAAACGUGGGGGGGGUCGGAGCCAGGUUCCCCAUCUCUAGCCCGGGCUGGACGCACCACUGCUAAACACGGCAACAACAAGACCAGAAUAGACGAUCUGAAGAUCUGAGAGGGGGGUUAGGUUGCUAUGACGAUGUCUUAGGUUCCUUCCGAGGGUCUUAUGUUGCUUGAAAGGCAUUCUUAGGGUUCUGCCCCAAAUGGCACCCUAUUUGCUAUAUAGUGCACUAUUUUUGACCGAGGCCUGUGACA